CGAGCUGUCUUUCGACCAACUCUGCUAAACCGUCCAUUAUCGUGCAAAAUAACGACAAUGUCUAGCACUGUAGCUCCGUUCCUCGUCACUCCAAAUGAUGUGCAGUCUGCGUUGAACUCAGCUAAUGAUCAGAAGAAGGUUGUCCUGCUUGAUGCGAGUUGGCAUAUGCCGAACUCUCCGCGCAACGGAAGGGAAGAGUUUGGUGCGAAACGUCUGCCUGGGGCUCGUUUCUUUGAUCUGGAUGGCGUCGCCAGCUCCCAUGAAUUGGGUUUGAAGCAUAUGAUGCCCAAACCAGAUCAGUUUGCCAAAGCCUGUGAGGGUUUCGGAAUAACCCCCGAGACGUUUGUCGUGCUGUAUGAUGCGCAUGGAGUUUUCAGUGCCCCUCGCGCUCUGUUCACAUUCCGUGCAUUUGGACAUACCAACUCAAGCGUUCUUGAUGGUGGAUUGCCACGAUGGGCGGCGGAGGGACUUCCCAUUGAAACCGGAGACUCUCAGAAGGUUGAUGAACCAGCAAAAGUGUCGUAUCCUACACCUGAGUAUGAUUCCACCGUCAUAAAGAGUUAUGAGCAGAUAGUUUCAAACGCCGAGCUGGAUCCGGCUGGAGAACCAACUACUGCUCUAGUCAUCGAUGCAAGGCCUAAUGGAAGAUUCACAGGCAAAGACCCCGAACCUCGCCCAGGACUCUCCUCAGGACACAUGCCUCACGCUUUCUCACUCCCAUUCAAUGCCUUCCUCCAAAAGAACACAACUCCUUCAGGUGACACAUAUACCACUUUCCUCUCAGCGCCAGCUGUUCGUCAAACACUUAACAACGCUAUCGGUGAGAAGAACGCACAAGAUGUCAUUGACGGAAAGAGGUCUAUUGUCGCAAGCUGUGGAAGUGGUAUGUCUGCUGCCAUCUUGUGGCUUGGAUUGAGACUGCUGGGUGUUGAGAAGCCCAUGUUGUAUGACGAGUCUUGGACAGGAUACGCCCUUCGUAAGGAAAGCAAGAUCGUCAAAGAUAUAUAAAUCAAAUAACUCGGAAUCGGCCACUUCCUAUCAAUAUCUCGGUCACAGAUAAUUAUCAGUUUCUCUUUUCACAAACCAGGUUUCAAACUUCAUGGAAUACAUUAUCCCAUCUUUCUUAUUUGAAUAUUCCCAACCGACGGAGCCGGAUGCGAUGCGGAUGUAUGUGUUGAAACUCAUAUGCAUAUGAUUGUCCAGUUUGAGUUCGAUGACGUCUAGC